AUGCCCUUGCCGGUGGAAUUUCUCGUCAGUUGUUGGAUUUCGGGUCUCCGAUCUGAUAUCAAGCAGUCCGCUAUCAAGCAGUCCGCUAUCUACCAUCAGCCCACUACACUCGAAGAUGCAAUGGAUAAUGCCCAAUUGCAUGAACGUGGAUUGGGUCGGGUUUCCUUGGGCUCUUCUAAACCCUUAUUACCCACUCCCAAAAUAUCACCUUCUGAAUCGCCGACUAACCCGUCAAUUCCCAGUAAACCCUCCACCUUCACUGCUUCUACAGCAAAGGUAGGAUUCCGCCGCUUGACGCCCAAUGAAAUCGCCCAGAAACGCUCCCAGGGGUUGUGUUACCGACGCAAUGAAAAGUAUACCUGGGACCAUAAAUGCAAAACAACGCCACAACUCCUUUUCUUCGAUGAUGAUUCCCCAUAUCCGGGUGGUUCACCGGAUUCUCCGUCUUCUGAAGGUACAGAUUCUUUACUAGCUGAAAAACUCCAACUCGAUGAAGUUAAAACACAAUCAACUAUUUCCUAUAAUGCUUUAUCGGGGGGUUGUUCUGCCACUACGUUGCGUUUUACGGGUUUGGUUCAGGGGAAGGAGGUUCAGGUCCUCUUCGACGGGGGAAGUACACACUGUUUUGUACAAACUCGGAUUGCCGCAUUCCUUAAUUUCACCAUCGAGGCCGUCGAACCAUUUUCGGUUUUGGUCGGCAGUGGCGAACGGCUUCCUUGUUCAGGGUUGGCUAAGACAGUGGAAUUGGUUAUUCAGGGCCACCCGAUUGUGGUGGAUUUUUAUGUCUUACCGUUACAGGGUUGUGAUAUGGUUCUCGGAGUCUCUUGGUUAGCCACACUUGGUCCGGUAAUCACAGAUUAUUCAACUUCAGUUUUUGAAUUUUCGCUAAAUGGUAAACAAGUGAUAUGGCAAUGGGACGUCACCAUCGCUCAGGCAAUCCAAUUUCAUGGGUUUCGGCACUUAAUCCAUUCGGAUGGUAUUGCUCAGUUAUUUCACUUGACCCUAUUACCACCAGAGUCAAAGCCGCCUGUUUAUCCACCAGACUUGCAAACUAUUCUAACUAAGUUUGCUGUUGUUUUCACUGCUCCUAUUGGGCUGCCACCCACCUGUUCCCAAAACCAUCAUAUUGAAUUAUUACCGGCUAGCAACCCCGUGUCCGUUCGACCGUAUCGGUACCCUCAUUUUCAAAAGCAAGAAAUCGAACGGUUGGUCCAAGAGAUGCUCACUCAAGGAAUAAUUCGUCCUAGCACUAGUGCCUUCUCGUCUCUGGUUUUAUUGGUUCGCAAAAAGGAUGGCACGUGGCGGUUUUGUGUGGACUACCGUGCCUUAAAUUCUAUCACGGUUCGGGAUCGCUUUCCUAUUCCGUCUAUUGACGAACUAUUUGAUGAGCUCCAUGAUGCGCAAUACUUUUCUAAGCUUGAUUUAUUGGCUGGGUAUCAUCAGAUUCGCAUUGCCCAAGGCGACGCUAUGAAGACCGCGUUUCGCACCCAUGACGGGCACUAUGAAUUUUUGGUCAUGCCCUUCGGGCUUACAAACGCCCCGUCCACAUUUCAACGGCUCAUGAAUGAUGUUUUUCGACCGUUUUUACGACGCUUUAUAUUGGUCUUCUUUGAUGACAUUUUAAUAUAUAGUAAGACUUGGGCUGACCACUUGCAUCAUCUCACUCUUACACUACAGUUGCUUCUAGAUAAUUAG